UCCGCGGGGCUUCGUGUCUCCGGACGUACCCGCUCCAGAGAGUCACCUUGCCCCGGCUGCUGCUGCUGUUGUACCGGGGAGAGAACAGGUGGACCGUCCGGCCCAGAGGCACACAAGCAGCAGGAAUCUGACCGGGGACUCUGUGGCCACCGACCGACCGGGGCAAACAUGGCAGAGACAAAGCCCAAGACUUCUCCGAAGGCCAUCAAGUUCCUGUUCGGGGGCUUGGCCGGAAUGGGUGCGACAGUCUUUGUGCAGCCGUUGGACCUGGUGAAGAACAGGAUGCAGCUGAGCGGUCAGGGCACGAAGGCUCGAGAAUAUAAAACCAGUUUCCACGCUCUGUUCUCCAUCUUGAAGAACGAGGGAGUCAGAGGCAUCUACACCGGUCUGUCAGCAGGGUUGUUGCGUCAGGCGACCUACACGACGACUCGUCUGGGAAUCUACACCAUCCUGUUUGAGAAGAUGACGGGAGCUGACGGUCGGCCGCCAAACUUCUUCCUGAAGGCUCUGAUCGGUAUGACAGCUGGAGCCACGGGAGCGUUCGUGGGGACGCCGGCGGAGGUCGCUCUGAUCCGGAUGACGGCGGACGGACGACUUCCUCCGGACCAGAGGAGAGGCUACACCAACGUUUUCAACGCCCUCGCUCGGAUCACCAGAGAAGAAGGCGUGGCCACGCUGUGGAGGGGGUGUGUUCCCACCAUGGCUCGAGCAGUGGUGGUGAACGCAGCUCAGCUGGCCUCCUACUCCCAGUCCAAACAGGCGCUGCUAGACUCAGGGUACUUUGGGGAUGAUAUCCUGUGUCACUUCUGUGCCAGUAUGAUCAGUGGUCUGGUUACCACGGCAGCCUCCAUGCCCGUCGACAUCGUGAAGACCAGGAUCCAGAACAUGAGGAUGAUCGACGGGAAGCCGGAGUAUAAAAACGGUUUGGAGGUGCUGGUUCGAGUGGUGGGCAGAGAGGGAUUCUUCUCCCUGUGGAAAGGCUUCACUCCGUACUACGCUCGCCUCGGACCUCACACCGUCCUCACCUUCAUCUUCCUGGAGCAGAUGAACCGCCUCUACAAGACCUACGUCCUGGACCGCUAACGCACACCACACACACAGACACACACACACAGACACACACACACAGACACACACACAGACACACACACACACACACACACACACACACACACACACAUGCUGUAUGGACUGAACCUCAUCAUGUUUCGUCACAUUUCCAGACUGAAUUUAAAGGAGCAGUUCACUAAAUGCUGCACUGCUCCUUUAACCUGAACCUUCACACAGAUUAUAAAGCUCAGUGAGAGUCAGUGUUAAAGCAGGAGCGUACCAAGUCACACACACACUGCCCCAACAUGGUACGGUCCACACACACACACACACACACGUUUUAAAUGAAGAUUCUUUUUGUAAAGAAAAGAAUGUAAAGUAACUGUAGUGAAACAUCCUUUAGUGAUGUUCAUUCAUAACAAGUCUUAUUUGUAGAAUUAUCACCCCCCCACCCCUGACUCCCCCCGACAACACGCAGCAUCAUGGGAUGGAUCAGUAACCAUGGUAACAGCCCGGUAUCUGUGGAUGGAGGACGAAUCAGCAGUCGGUUUAUGUGUCGCUUUGUGUUUGUGAAUAAAACUUCCACAGCUCCUCCUCUGA